CUAAUUUGGUCUCGCGCAUACAUACUGCUCUGUGUUCCUCAUCCAUUUGACGAUUCUCUUGAGCUUGUGAGGCGAACAUGAAUGCCAUUACAGGCCCCAACGGCAGCAAUGAUCUAGCAAAGAAGCUGGAGCAGGCUGUGGACGUCAUCGUUACCUAUGGCAAGCCCAUCGUGCACUGGGGCUUCAUUCCAGCGGUCAUCCUGGUGGGCAUGCUGACCACGAAGCCACGCCCGACUCUGGGCCAGCUGCUGUGGCUCGGGUAAAACCGAACGGCGCUUGUGGUGCUUGUGGCGGAUGCACCCGCUUACACGCUAGCACAGCCAGGAGCAGAAAGGUUGCUACGGCGCUGCCGCUCAUCAGAGUUAUGGGGCUAUGCAGACGCUGAGACACUAGGACACGAGGCGGAAUGAGAGGGAGCGCAGGGAUGAUGAGGUAAAGCGGGACGGCGAAGUGCAUGGCGCAAAUGCGCCUGACAAUGCGCCACGUGCUGCUGAGCGGAUGAGGGCUGCAUGGUGGCGCCCGUGGGCUGCGUCAUGUGUUGCAUGAGCGGAAGUUAAAUGAUGCUGGUAGAGUGGCAGUUUGGUUUGGUUGAGUGAACUGCUGCCAGGGAGACGGGGCCGAAUGGAGGUGUCGCCAGGCUGGAGGGUGCUUACAAAGAGUUGAAGACAUUUGCCGCCGUUCGGCGUUGGGUCCUGAGCAGGUGUAAACAAGGGGUGUC